AACAACUACGCCGCUGUUCUUUGUCGCGCAGCGAAUAAUGACUAGAUAACGACUUUGUAAUACUGGCGCUUUUCUCCCUCCUCUGGGUCUUUGGAAUUAAAAAAAAAAAAUCAAGUUCGCGAAAACGGCCAAUUGCGGAUGCUAUGGAGACACGGAUAUCUACCAUCCUCUCCGCAAUCUACUUCUUCCUGCUGUCUCUAAACGGUGCUCUGGCAGCUGCAGAGACAGGCUGGAAGUAUGGCGAUUCUAUCCCGGUUACUUGUCUGAACAGAACGAUUGAUACCGGAGAACACGUCACUGAUUCCCUUGGAAAUCUGCAAUACAUACCAUUCUACACGUGUGCCGAGACCUCACGCCCGCUUUCCCUACGUUACGGGGUUUCCGCCACGCAGAACUGCACAAUUGCCCUCACCGAUCCAAUCUACCACCUGUUUGAAUUCUACAUCCACAACGAUGCGCCUCUGACAUGCAGAGUUCCAACAAAUCCAUCGGCAGGGACAGGUAUUCCCCGCGCACACAUAUCUGGGAAAGCAAGACAGGGGGGUCUGGGUCAGGAGGAAGAGGGAUACACUCCCUUGGUCAUGGCGCUGAGUGGUCAGUUGCAAUUGAGCCAUCUUCAUCUGGCCAAUGAGUUGAACCUCGUUGUGCACACUGCGCUCCCUGCGGAGAACAAAAAGUCGAGUCUGGGAAGCAUUGAUUCUGCUUCGGCCUACUCGGUGUCGCCCGGGACCAAGAACACGAAGCUCAUCAUCGGAGACGCGGUGACGCUGACCUUCCACACGAGGUGGUAUUCCGGCUCGUAUCUGCCCAUGACAAACUCGAUCCAGAAACAUGGGUUUUGGUCCACGCUGUCGUACUGCAUAUUUGCCGCUGGAGCUAGCGCCGCAAUAUGCAUCGCCUAUUUCCGCGGGGUAGAUCUUCCCAGGAGGUUGAGAUGGCAUGGUAUUGAAAAGCUGGGAGCGAGGCGAGAGAACGGCCUGCCAAAAUAUAAUGGGUAUGGGUACACAGGACCGACGAAUGGGACCGUGAAUGGGUAUGGUGGGUACGGACUACCCAUGGGAACUGGGAAAAGGGACUGAGAAUUUUUCCUGUGUUUCUUUGGCGCUCAUUGAUUUUAUACUCAAUUGUGAGUCGUGUAUCAAUACUAGCACGAGCAUGUGUCCGAAAGGGACAAAAAGCGUUGGGUAACUUGUGUUUAUGUCAUGUAUUUUCCUGGCGUUUACGUACAUUGGUUUUGCCGGUCAUAGCGUUCAACGAACCGCAUUUCUUUUUGGAGUGAAGAAUUGCUAUGAGCACAUAAUCUGGCAGCUUUCAUUUCCGUACGCGGGGGAUGUUUUG